CACGCCCCCUCCCCCCAUACCCCCCCUCUCUUACCUAUACUUAGAGAGAGAGAGAGAGAGAGAGAGAGAGAGUUAAACAGAGUAAAUAUUUUGAGUAGUAAUAGAGGCUCAGGGAGAGGGGGCGUCGUGUGUGGGCGUGGGCGAUUUUUGGUGGGGUGAGAACCCGAGUCAUAAGUCAUAAAAGUCGUAAGUGAAAAGUUCGCUGGCACAUCUGAUCCUUACGGCUUUCCGUAUUUGGAGGGGGAGGGGGGUGGAGGGGCCAUGAGGGAGGGGCAAGUGUGCCGAGCGACAUUGCAGGUCAACAGAUGUCAAUGGUUUGCUUUCCCCAGGGAAACCCCUUUAUUUAAAUACGAGAAGGGGGACUUCUCGAGCUCAUCAAUCUUCCUCUCACCCUCGAAAUCCCAUUGCAAGUACACAAUGGCCAAGACAGACAGCAACCUCUCCUUCAUUCUCAACAAACCGCACGACGUCACUUUCGAAGAGAGACCGAAGCCCAAGAUCGAAUCGCCUCACGAUGUCCUCAUUGCCAUAAACUACACUGGAAUCUGUGGCAGCGAUGUCCACUACUGGGAGGCUGGCCGAAUUGGCUCUUUCAUUCUGAAGGAUCCCAUGGUCCUCGGCCACGAGUCAGCAGGGACCAUUGUGGAGGUCGGAUCUGCGGUGAAAUCGGUCAAAGUUGGGGACAGGAUCGCAUUGGAGCCCGGGACACCCUGCCGACGUUGCACACCGUGUCUGGCAGGCCACUACAACCUCUGCCCUGACAUGCGCUUCGCAGCAUCCCCUCCAAUCGAUGGUACCCUGGCCGGAUACUAUACUUCUGCGGAGGAUUUCUGCUACAAGCUGCCGGAUCAUGUGUCUCUUCAGGAGGGAGCGUUGAUCGAGCCCUUGGCCGUGGCGGUUCAUAUUACCAAGCAGGCUGAGAUCAAGCCAGGCCAAGGUGUCGUGGUUAUGGGUGCUGGGCCGGUGGGACUUCUUUGUUGCGCAGUCGCAAAGGCAUUUGGUGCAACCACUGUCGUCUCAGUUGACAUCCAACCCUCCAGACUUGAGUUCGCAGCUUCUUACGCCGCAACGCAUACAUUCACACCUGAGCGGGUCCCUGCCGAGGAAAAUGCUGCCCGCUUGCUGAAGGAGGUUGGACUUGAAGGUGGUGCAGACGCUGUCAUCGACGCUUCAGGCGCCGAACCGUCCAUCCAGACAUCCAUUUAUGUUGUGCGGAGAGGAGGUGUUUAUGUUCAAGGAGGGAUGGGCAAGCCCGAUAUCACGUUCCCCAUCAUGGAGCUGUGCAUGAAGGAGGUGACAGCUAAGGGAAGCUUCAGAUACGGUAGCGGUGACUACAAACUUGCAGUUGAGCUCGUUGCUGCUGGGAAGGUGGACGUGAAGAAAUUGAUCAGCGAGACGGUGCGAUUUGAGGAAGCAGAGCAGGCCUUCAAGGAUGUGAAGGCUGGAAAGGGGAUCAAGAUGUUGAUUGCAGGUCCAAAUGAAAAGUAGUCUCAUAUUGUGGGAAGUUGAUAACGGAAGUCUGGUGAGUUGACUUGAGAGACAGCGAGAGGUAAUUGCGCAAGCUAUUUCUGGAGUGGGAUGAGCUGUGAGAACACGAGAGUACUGUAAUAAACAAACUUCCCACGAUUAAGAAGGCAUCGACGCUGAAGAUGUGGAUCGUACCGCCCCUCGCUCAUGUAGGGACUUCCCUCUAGAGUGAAAACAU